AUGGAAGCGAUGGCCAUGUCCAGAUCUCUGCUCGCCGGUUCUACUCCAUGCGCAAACGCGUCGCUCUUCUCUGCUCGGUCCUGCUCAGAACCUCCGUUAGCGCCGUUCCUCAGCGUGGGAAACGGAGCCCCUCAACCUUCGCGGCUGACACUAUCGACGUCGAGAUCCCCUCUAGCAAAGCCGCCGCAGAGGCCACACGGCUUAGUUGCUCGAUGCACGGCAGAUGUCGCGGUGCCCGCCGAAACCGUCCCAAUCGAGAAGAGUACAGAAAACCCGCUCCUCUGACUAUUGAUUUCUCCGCUUCCUUCUGGGGAAGCAGAACGAGUCAUCGCUGUUUCUGGUGUUCUAUCUGGCAGGGUUCGAGGCAUUCCCUACGGUUAUGGAUAUCAACCAGAUUCGCGACAUUUUGCCCCAUCGGUGAGUUCCCCUGAUCGGUCUUCGUGGUAAACAUCUCGCUGUUCUACCUGUAUUUGGAGCUCUGAUCGGUUUUCUUUACUCUGUUCCUGAAAUUUUGGAGUUCAGGUUCCCGUUUCUUCUGGUGGAUAGAGUGAUCGAAUACAAACCUGGAGUCACUGCUGUCGGUAUCAAGAACGUGACAAUCAAUGACAACUUCUUUCCCGGUCAUUUCCCUGAAAGGCCGAUUAUGCCCGGUGUUCUGAUGGUGGAGGUAAUUUGGGGAAUGAGUUGUCUUCUCUGAUAGGAGCUUUCUUUCUGUCUUUCUUCACUGCAGUGCUCUUGAGUAUUUUGAAACCGGAAGAAAAACCCCAGCUUCUCAAAUUACCAGUGAGUAGAGAAACAUUAGUCAAGCGUCUAACUCUUGUUCAGGCUGAUUUCGAUCGACAGAGUCAACGUUUUAUCUUCUUUCGUGGUUGGUAUUCUCAUGGAAACCUGAGGAGUAGAGGAUUAGACGCCCAUGUUUCUUGUUUAUGGAUGCCUUUUCACUUCAUGAUCCUUCAUAGAUGCUUGAUGGAAGGAGAGAUAAAAAUCAGUGCUAUAAUGACUAGAAGCUCCAAGUGCUCAGGAACAGUGACUUCGACCCGACUCUCAAACAUUAAUACAGAUAGAAGCACAAAAAUUCUCUAUACUUUUUUCUCCCUCCUGUUGUAUCAGAAAAUAGCUGCAAGUAAGUGAUUACGCUAUACUUUUCAAGAGCUUGCCACUUGGUAAAUGUGUGUUUAUUGGUUCUUACCGGUUUCCCAUGGACCGUUUUUGGUGGGGAUAAAAAAAAAAAAAGCCAGAUAUUUCAGCUUUGAUUGACAUCCCGAGUGCUCAAGGUUUUUCUAAUGCAGUUCCAACUGAUUUUAUCAUUAGAUCACAUCAAAAUCCAUGUUUUUCUCCAAAGCAACUUCUCUCUGGGUUGUGAAUAGUUUCAGAUGCCAUCAUAUGAUUGUCAUGAAUAUGGCUGUCCUUCACAAAGCCUGAUCUGUCCUUGUCAACCAAAAACACCAAACCUUAGGGUUUCAUCUGAUUUGUUCAUCCCACAUUGCAUUCUCAACUAUUCCUCCGAUAUGGAUACCAAACUGCCUCCCAUUUGAAUAGAAAAGAUAUUUUUUAAUACCUGAGCAUGAUGAUUCUCGCCCUUCUAUGAUUUGCUUAGUUUUUUAUUUUAAACUUCUAGAUACUGCAACAAACUGAGGACCCUUUUUACUGAUGUCGUAAGUAUAUUUCCUUUUUAUUAUUAUUAUUAUUAUUAUUAUUAUUAUUAUUAAUUAACUACCAUUGUCAUACUCUGUCCUUCUCGGAGGAUUCGCUCAUGAAGGACCAGUCGUGUUCUAAAGGCUUUUACUUUUCGUGACUGAAUUUCUCACUAAGGACCAGUCAUGAUCACUAUGUCACAGAACUGGAAGGAUGUAGCAACGUUCAAACUGGCUCGUUUUUCAAUGUCGUCGUGAAACAAUAUCGUUAUCACCAUUAGCCUAUAAGUCACAAACUAAUGGGCGUCAGGAAUACUGAUCACAUAUCACAUACGAUUCACAACUCUGCAUAUCAUACCUUUCUUCAUUAUCUCCUUCCAUAUUAUCUCCUUUGCUAAAAUGAUUGAUUCUAUCUUUUAACAGAUGUUCCCGGUUCUGGUGUUUUCAGAUCAUCUCUGAUAGCUUUCACAGACCUUAUCCCAUGUUCCCAUUAACCCUACAGCCCAUGUAUCAGAGCUCCCUGAUCACUGGUCCCCCUAUUUAUUCCCUCACAUUUGCUUAAGCGUCUUCACUUGAACUAUUUCAGUCGCAUUAAACUCUCAUAUUUUAUCAUCACAUCAAAUUUUAUCAUUCGGUAUUCCAUCAGAAACUUGAUGUAUAGAUUUUUUUCGAAAAGAAUUGUUCAAAUUUAUAUCAUCCCAUCACAAAGAUUUCCAGGGAAGCUCCUCUGUGAAGCUCAAAAUGAUAGAAAGAAGUGCAUAACAUUUUCUCAUUGAUAUUUGAUUAGGCGUUUGCUUUCUAGUUGCUAAAUCUACUUUGGUGGGAUCUUGUGGAUUCAUUAUGCAUGUGUGUUGAUCUGUUUGGAUCAAAGAAAACUUUGACGGCCGAGUCUCCCACUCGAAUUAUCACCACCUGUUCUUGGUUGGGCAUUAUUGGCUCAGAAGGCCGUGGAAAUUUGUCCUUUUGGAAUUUGGGCGUGAAAAAAUUGAUUCCCUUUUGGGUUCGAAAAUUUCAUGUGAUGGGCAUCUUUUUAUUGAUUAUCCAUGAUAUUUCAUGAUAUCAGCUUCCCUCUCUUUCUCUCUCUCUCUCUCUCUCUCUCUCUCUCUCUCUCUCCAUCGCCAUGUUUGUGAGUGUAAUCUUGCCGGGAGCAGUUGCUUCCAAAGUCUGAGAAUCAGUUUAUAAAAAGCUACUUGGAUGUCGAUGAACUGAUGCAUUUUUAUUUACCAUGGUCCAUGUUCGUCUGCACUUGAUUUGGCAAAUAAAUAAGUCAUUUGUUUUGCCAGAGAAUGAGCAAAUAAAUCAUUGCCCAAGCCAUUUCCCCGCAGAAUCUGAGGCUAUAUUUUGCCUGGGAAUCUGGUUGAAUGCUCUCUCUCUCUCUUUCUCUUUCUCUCUCUCUCCUGUGAGUUUGCUGAUGGGAUUGUGGUGAUCUUCUCCCUCUCCCUCUUUCUUCUCUUACUCGCUCUCUCUCUCUCUUACUGUCUCUCUCUCUAUUUCUCUCUUGCGUGAGUUUGGUGAUGGAUGGUGAUCUUCUCCCUCUCCAACUUCCUCUCUCUUUCUCCCUCCCUCUCUCUCUCUCUCUCUCUCUCUCUCUCUCUCUCUCUCUCUCUCUCUCCAACUCUCUCCAACUCUCUCUUGUGUGAGUUGGUCGAUGGUGGUGAUCUCUCCCUCUCCCUCUUUCUCUCUCUAUCUCUUACUCUCUCUCCCUCUUUCUCUCGCUCUCCUUCUCCCUCUCUCUCUCGUAUUCGCUGGAUAUCCAUUUCCACCCAGAAUAUGAGGCUUCAUUUAUCCAAGAUCUUGUUGAAUGUUCUCUCUCUACUACUCUUUUUUUUCUCUCUCUCUCUAACUAUUGCGUGUGGGUUUGGUGAUGGGAUGGAUGGUGAUCAUCACGUGUGUGUGGGUGUGUCAGGCAAUGGCGCAGGUGGGUGGGCUGGUGAUGCUGCAGCCGGAGGUGGGCGGGUCCCGGGAGAACUUCUUCUUCGCCGGGGUGGACAAGGUGAGGUUCCGGAAGCCGGUGAUCGCCGGGGACACGCUCGUCAUGCGGAUGACCCUCGUCAAGCUCCAGAAGCGCUUCGGCAUCGCCAAGAUGGAGGGCAAGGCCUUCGUCGGCGGCGACCUUGUCUGUGAAGGAGAGUUCCUCAUGGCCACCGGCACCACCGAAUAA